ACUGCCUAGCUGAGCUCAAAUUUUUAAUUUCUUUUUUUUUUCAAAAUUCUCAUUCUUUUAUCUCGCAAUUUGUUGCAAUUUCGCUCCUUGAAUCUCACUGUUUCACACUUUCACCUCAUCUCGGAAUAUUCACAGAAAGUAGGAAUCUUCUCUCCCCGUUUGUUCAAAUUACCGAAAUUCCGAUUGUUGCUGUGUUUCCAAUCUGAUCUGAGUGCCCAUGGCCAUGACGCGGAGGUUUGAUCUCGAAAGAUGUUACCCACAUAGCUGGGUUUUCUAAAUUUCAUUCCUUUUUAUUCAUAUUAGUAGAAUUGGAGAUGGUGGAAGUUAGUGCAAUGCAAUAAUAGUUCAGGGAUAUUAUUGGGGUUUCUCCAAUUGGGGAUUUUUUUUAGGAUUCAGGGUUUGGAGUUCAGUAAUAAUGUUCUAUGGUGCGGUGGUGUGGGACCCAUGGCUCAUUCUUGCUCAGAUUGUAUGCUUUCAAUGCUUGUACUACGUCACUCUCGGCUUCUUCUUGGCCAUACUCGUUGGAACUCGCGUCUCAAGAAUGACCCUCGUUUAUUUCUUCGAUUUCGUUACAGUCACUACCUCGACCUUCACCGGUUGGUGUGUCAUUGCCUCCUUUAUCCUCACCUCAAUUUCAGGGGCAGUGUAUAUGCUUUAUGUGAUUGAAAGGGCAAAGAAAUGCUUGGAUUUUUCGGUUACACUCUACAUUGUUCAUAGCUUUAUAUGCAUUGUGUAUGGUGGCUGGCCUUCUUCCAUAACUUGGUGGAUUGUGAAUGGUAUUGGAAUUGCAAUGAUGGCUCUGCUAGGGGAAUAUCUCUGCAUCAGGCGCGAACUUUGCGAGAUACCGAUAACACGAUAUCGUUCGAAUGCUUGAUUGGCAUAUGUAACUUCAGCAUUGAAGUCAAGAGAAAGCAUUGUCUUGCUGGUUGUUAAGACCCUUUGGUAAGUUCUCAAUCUGUUCAAGAAAGAGAAAGAUAGAGUUAUUAGGAGCAGCCCUUAGUAUUUAUGCAUUUGUUCUGUAUUUGGGAAACAAAUGAAAGAUCAUGAAUGGUUUCUUACAAUUGCAAUUUGAUGAGCCUUGUCUCUGAGAAGAAAGACUAG